AAUCCCUCCUUCCAGUGGUGAUGUCACAUCUCGUUACGCCAUUUUUUUUGGUCAGGGAGCAGUCGUGUUCAGAAAGGAGGAUUAGAUUCAGCACAGGUACACCAAACGGCUCCUCGCACGUUCACCUCUUUUGAGUUGUCCGGCAAACGGGACACUCGCUUGCCCGUCGCACGCGCCAUGUCGUCAGAAAACCUGGACUCGGACACGCAGGUGGACUACGAGGACGAAAAACAGGACUCCCAGGAGAAGAAUGCAAACCCGGUGAAGGCGGAGGAGGCCAAGCUGAAGGCCAAGUACCCCGGCUUGAACCACAAGCCCGGCGGUUCAGACUUCCUCAUGAAGAGACUACAGAAAGGGCAAAAGUACUUUGACUCGGGCGACUACAACAUGGCCAAAGCCAAGAUGAAGAACAAGCAGCUCCCCGUGGCGGGACCAGACAAGAACCUGGUGACCGGCGACCACAUUCCCACACCGCAGGACCUGCCCCAGAGGAAGUCCUCCUUGGUGACGAGCAAGCUAGCCGGCUAACCUUCGCCAUGCCAGAAGCACCCUCACCCUUCCCCUGGGGCUCCCGGCAAAGGUCCCUCCUCCUUCUCACCCGUGUCCCGAUAUGUUCCCUCCUCCCCUCUCCCCUCUCCUCGCUUCCCUUUUCACCCCCGGGCACCACUUGGCUUUAACAUAUCGAGCAGAGUUGUAUAAGUUAAAACUCCAUUUGCUUGUAUGUGGGUGGGGCGGGGUGGGAGGUCGCAGCCUUCUCUGCCUUCCCACCAUGCACAGCUCUGCCCCCUCUGCGCACUCUGCUCUGCCGCCUCCCUUAUGUCUUGGUUUUCGUUGUUCCAAGAUGCAACACAGUAGGUGUGUGUCAUCGGGCAGGGGUCGGACUGGGUGAGUUAAUGCACUUUGUAUUCUGUAAAGUUUUUGUUCUUUUUUUUUGCAUCCUGAAUGACACCAAAAUAAUGUGUGUGGGAAAGAACCAUGAUCGCCGCGUGUUCUUUAAUCUUCAUGUUCCCCGUCUAAGCUGGUGGCCACAUUUGACGGGAGCUAUUGGAAAAUGUAUGUGAAUAAUUGCUUGCAAACCAAAUCUGUGAGGGCAGCUGCCUGGAUAUAAGAGUUGUCGAGCAUUUACCUACACCAUGUUGUGUAAUGGGCGGGGUCUACUCUCAUCUCAUCCCUCGUUCACCUUGCGUCGAACAAAACCGGAGGUCAUCUGCUACAACUCAGCCAAAAAGGGAUUUGUAACGCCACCUUUUUAUUUCUCUCUCUGCUCGUGUUGCUUUAAUUCUCGACUCCCUUUGCUCCUGUUCUCUCUGAAUAUGCUGCAUGAUUGUAACAAAAAAAAAGGAAAUUUAACAUGAUUUUAAAGGGAGUGGAGCUUAAUGAUGGGAAGCAUCAAAACAAACUCACGGAGCCCUGAAAUGUCCACAGUCACACUUCCUUCCUUCUUUCCCUCCUUCCCCCUUCCUUCUUUUUCCCUUUUUGCUGUCCUGACAAUCCAUGUGCACACACUUGUUGGCGGCCCAGGGCAAGAGCCAGCUGAGUAUAUCCUCGUAUGAUCCGCUGCCGAUCUCUGACUUCAGUCUUAGGUUGGUUAACGUUGAGUUGCAUCAAGAUGUGUGUUUACUAUGAGCCUAAAAAAGAUUUGUGGGGGAUAGAAGCACCCUGCGUAGAGUAUAUGCUUCUUUAAAUAUUACUCCAACUAGCACGUCAUUUGUGAUCGGCUCAGCGCUUUGAGGACUGGAGCAGCGAGUCGACUCACUUGGGAUUACAGCCUGGGAUUUCUGGCAUGGAAAUUCUGCGCUUUACCAACUGAGCCAAAUUUCACACUGCAGCUGUCCGGCUCAGAUACUGCGAAUGCACGUCUGUCCAAUGCGUACAUUACGUCUAAUCAUCUGGCUCCUCGUCGUGGUGUGAUGAAGCAGACUUGCUAGGCGACCUGGUCAGGCUCACACGGAGAUUAAAACAGUGACGUGACCGCCGUCCAGACGUCUCACUUUCCCCCCUCAUCUUUGAAUCGCAGAUCCAAAUGCCACUGCGUGUUAAUACUUCCACCUGUCCGCCAUAUCCCAUCACAGAAGUCAUAUAGAAAAAGACAAAAGUAACCGCAGUCGUAGCCUUCUUGAUGUUUCCCCGCAGCGGCGCAUGCAGGUUUUCAGACAUUUGGGAGCGAUCAAAGGAAUAACUUAUUCUAGCUGCUUGUUAUACAUGAAAAAUGGACGUUGGUUUCUCAUUUUUCUCCGGGAGAUUGUUUUGUCAACAUGUUAACACUUUAAGAAUAUAUAUCAUAUCCAGACUCAGUGGUUCACUUGACAUGUUUGCCCCCAAUUCACAUUCUGAAACACUAACUUAUAUUAAAGAUUACAUCUACUUUACUUUCCUCAAAACCCUAUCUGGAGUGUAGACCUUCCUCUACUAUCAGCACCCCUGAGAACCAUGUUCGCAGACUGGUGUGUGUCAGGAGUGGUGAACGGCAACCCGACAACCACAGGUGUCAGCCCAGCACCCGGCGACCUCAAUGUGAGCUUUAAAUGGGACGUUGCAUGCUUGCAAGAUGUGCUCACUUGCAAAGCAAAAGAGAUUGUAUAACACAUGGUGCAAGGGGGGGAACGUGUGAGUCCCACCUGUCGAUGCAGUUCAACCUCUGAAACAGGUCACGGGAGCGAUCACCAUAUCUGCAGACACGUUCAAGAAUCUGAAAAACUGGAGCCGGGCGCUCGCUGCGAAUCAGCCUCUGUGUAAUAAUUCUGAUUCAGGGAACCUUCACAAAUGCACACACUCCACCACGUAGAUGAGGCGACCGGCUGCACGCACCGCCACAUUUUUUUUUUUUAAUGUGUCAAAUUUGCAGUGGGCAAACGAGAAGUGACCUGUACGUAUGUGCGUGUCGCGUUGUCGUGCAAAUGCGCUGCUUCUCUCUGCUCCAGCCGUUGUAAAUAGACCCACCUGCUCUUCACUCUGUCAGAGCCUGAGCUGUUCCUGAUUUAAUGGUUCCUCUCCUUUUCCGUUUAACACUACUUCUGCUCUAUCUUAGCAUAUUGCAGAGGCUAUGUGAAUCUGUAUCACAUGAAAAUAUGUGUAAAUGCUGCUGAUUCAGUCAAAGACAAAUCUAAAAAGCGACGCCCUGUAACGAACACCUGUCCUCUUGGUUCUACCAGUUAGACUCUUCCUCCUACCACCCAAGUAUCUCUGUCGGAGUCCUGCAGCUCCAUUCACCGUCAGACUGCUGUACUCUACAUUUAUAAGAUGCAUUUUUUGAAUUUAAUUCAACUUUUGAUCUGGCCAGAGUUUAUAAUCUGGAUGUCACUUUGAUCAACAAGAGCAGACCAUUUGGCGUCGUACCUACAAGUUUCCUGCUUUUACAAUUAAGGUCGCUAAAAGAGAUGGGUGGUUAAGCUACGACAUGUUCUAACGGUGGACAGGGGUUCUUGAAUGUUACUUGAGUUCAACGAGAGGAAAAGAAGGGUAUGUUUGUUUUAAAACCCACCACAAAGGGUGUCUCUCGUUCAGAUUCGAUAAACAUGUGCCAGAAUGUAUAAAGAAAUGACAGGCUGUGCUCUGAAGUACUUCUGUACUGCUUUUACCUUCAACCGUUUUCUUGUUGUUUUGCAAGUAAAUGUUUCUUCUUUUGUUUUCUGUUUUUUCUUGUGUUCUGUAAUUGCAUAAUUAGUAUAUUUCAUCGUGGCCCAAGAUAACUGCAGGGAAAUCAGAGGCACCCUUGCUUCCAAGAAAAAGAAAAAUCAACUUAAGGGUUAACAGGAAAAUAAAGAGGAUAAAUGGAGAACAAAGGAAUGGUUUUAAGAAUUCAAAAAAUACAGGAAUACUUGGAAUGUUUCAGUUGUGUGGGAGUAGGUGAAAGGAUUUUUGUCAGUAUUUGAAAUAAAGUUUUACAUUAAUAACA